UCAAUUGCUUUUGAUCCCAGCAUCUCCUCAAACACAAACAUCCCUCUUGAUUUGAAGGUUGUUUUGUGCUUAUAGAUAAAAGUUCUGCCAAAUCAAGAGGGGUUUUCAGAUCAUAGUGUGUGUGUGUGUGUGUUAAACAAUGGCUAAGUUCUUUGCUGCUAUGAUCUUGGCACUCAUUGCCAUUUCCAUGCUUCAAACAGUGGUUAUGGCUGCUAAUGAGCAAGGAGGCCACUUGUAUGACAACAAGAGCAAAUAUGGAAGUGGGAGUGUCAAGAGAUACCAAUGCCCAUCACAAUGCUCGAGGAGAUGUAGCCAGACCCAAUACCACAAGCCCUGCAUGUUUUUCUGUCAGAAGUGCUGCAGGAAAUGCCUGUGUGUGCCCCCGGGGUAUUAUGGUAAUAAAGCUGUGUGCCCUUGCUACAACAACUGGAAGACCAAGGAAGGAGGACCCAAGUGCCCUUGAACUUCAACUUCAUCAAAUUGUUGCUUUUCACUAUAUUUUUAUCAUCUCCCUUGGGCCAAUUUAAUGCACUAGCUUACUUUCCCAACUAUUUUACCCGUCCUAACCAAAUGCUCCCCUUUUGGUGGCACUCUACGAUAUAUGUUUUUAUGUAUUUUGGUGUAUCCUCCUUAGGCCUUGUUUGCCUUUAAUGAGAGUGGUUAUUAAUAUCAAUAUAUCAACUAUAAAACUUAUUGCUAGCA